GAGUUGGAUUUAUUUGUUUGUAAUGAGACAACGGCAUUAACUGCUAUUAUGAAGAUUCCAAUCGUUUUAUUCGUUUUAUUCUCGGCGCUUCACAUAGAUUGUAAAGAAAAUCAAAAUAAUGUUCGAGUAAUGGCAUUUGGCGAAACAGUUAAUAGAUUACCCCAUGCUGUUUUUAAUGUAAGAAAUCGAAAAGUGCGAGCAAUAGAGGAAAAGGAUCUAGUUUCUUCUUCAUCUGUUUCCGAUUUUACAGAACAUUCACCCAAUUUAAAGCACAAAAGAUGUUCACCCAGACUUAGUUCCACAUUGUCAUCCAGGCUUGCGACAACAUCUAAAGAACUCCCCGAAGAUAAAAAUAAAAAGAAUAGCAAGCUAUACGAAGCAUUCUGCACAUCUUGCACCAAUAAAUAUAAAUGUAAAUCUUUAACUGAAUGUCCAACAUGUAAAAGAUGGUGCCUUAAUAUAAACCCUGAUUGUGACCCUAACAAAGAAAUAGAUUCCAAACCGGAAAUUUCAGACACUCCAGUACAAGAUAAAUCUAAUAGAGAGGCUGAUAGUCAAAUAGUGGGAGCAUCUAAUAGAGGAAGUUUUGAUGAUAAACAAGCUCUUAGUCACAAUGUUUACACAUUUAACGUAGAAGCUGGAACGUUAAGAGAUAAAAUUCUUAAUUUACUGUCUAUUUCGAAUACAAAACCUAUUGAUAGCGUAAUGGUCAUAGUUAAAACUUUGUUGGACCAGCCCCUAAAUAUAGACAAACUAGGUGCUAACGUUAAACACAAUAUAGAAACCGGUGUUAGCGAGAAAAUUAUUCCAGCUCAAAACACAGCUUUAGAUCAACAGGAACUGGAAGUCAAUAAGUCUAAAGGAAAAGUCUUAGAACCGCAGGAGCUAGACAGGAUUGUUUCCGAGAUAUUAGCUAAGCUUCGUGAACAAAAUACUCGACAAAAUGAAGACUCAUCUAUUCUUGGUUCAACCAAUAACCAAAAUUCUGAAUUAAGAGACUCUCAAUCUGAACAUAUUCUUCAUCAAGGUGUUAUGAAUCCAGAUAUAAUUGAAGGACCGCCUGAUGAAUCCAGAAUAUUAGGAGAGCAAGAGAAAAUAAGUGAAGAUAUGGCUGAAAAACCAGAAAAUUUGCAGGUAUUAAAUCGCAACGCAGAGUUAAAAACAAAUGAAGAACUUCAAAAUCAAUUAUCAGUAAAACCGGAACAACCAAACAAUCAAGAAAACCUGGAUGACGCCAGCAUUCAAGAAGCAGGUACUGAAAAUGCAGGAAGAUCUGCUAUUUUAAUGGAGAAAAUGAAAACUUUUAAUUUAAAUCCAAGGGCAGGAGCGAGUGAUAUGUUCGAAAAAUUAAAGUCCAAUAACUUGGAAAGUGCUAAUCCAUCGGCAUUCUUUCAUAAAAUUGAAAUUCCAGACCAAAGAACAUCAGCAGCACUUCUCCAUCACCAUCAUCAUCACCACCAUCAUCAUCUUCAUGGAGUUCCUUCUAGAACCAACAAUCCUGAGGUGGAAUAUGGACCACCUAGUAGGCAUGAACAAAUUGUAGGAAAACCAAAAGAAUCUUCGUACAGAGAGUCAACAUUUAGUCAUUUUCAUGAUCCCCAUUUCCAUGAUCCUCACUUCCAUGAUUCACAUUUUCAUGAUCCUCAUUUUCAUCAGCAUAAUUUUCAUAAUCCUAAUUUUAUUGAUUCUGAUUUUCAUGAUCAACACUUUCACCAUCGUAUACCAGGUUCACAUCGUUUUAAUUCAGAAUUUCCUGAAACCAAAUUUACUCAUCCGGAUAGAUUUCCACACUCCCAUUCUACAUUUACAGAUGAUAGUUUUAACCAUCACUUUUUCCCUCGUACUAGUAAAUCCAAAAGCACCAUUGAAAAUGAGGUUGAAGAGAAAUCAAUCGUAGGCGGAGAGGAACAGUUAGGAGAUAAAACUGUAGAUAAUCCAGUUGGUGCUGUACAUUCUAUGGCAGAUGAAAAUAACUUCAUUCAAGAUGAUGAAACUUUAGGUCUAAACAAUCCUGAAAAUCAGCAAAUAGAGGUUUCACCACGUGGAAAGGAAUUUGGUGAUCCGGAAGGUUCUAUUCCCGGCUCGUUAUAUAAUUUCGACAAUUCAAAAUUAGAUUUUGAAACUAAAGAAAAUUCCAAAGAUAAACAAAUAAACCCAGCGUUUCCAAGAACUACCGAAGAUACCGAAGAUGAAAACGUUCCGCAGAAAAUAAUGGAAGAUAGUGAUCUUGUGGCAGUUCCCAAUUCUGACCCCCUAGAAGAAGAUAAUCUAGAAGAGGAGGACAAAAUUGUUUCUCCCAAAAUCAAACUUGGUGCAAGAACUAGCGAGUUGUUACGAAAAAUUAAAGAAAAACAAGAUCAGACGUUGCAGAAGAUAGCUGCACAAAGAGAAAACUUUGAAAGAGCAAGGGAAGGAAUGAAAUUUGAAAUGAAUGACGAUAGAUCAAAACAAGAUGAGUCCGCAUUAAAAGAAUUAGCUGAUCCACAAGAAAAGUCUAAUGCCGUUGAGGAUGUUCAAGAAAUCUCUAGAGAAGCAGCUGUCGAUAAUUUUGACUCAGCUCAUUCAAUUCUCAACCAACUACAACAAAUUGUUGCUAAUGAUGAAAACGACAGAAGAGCAAGCGAAGUACUAGGUAGUCAACCUUUGGAGAAUAGCUGGGAAAGCUUACAAUUAGCUUCAAAUAGAGCAUCGAAACAAAAUAGGGGAGAAAGUAGAAAUGAUGAAAUGAUAGUUGAACCAAGUGUAAGCAAUCAGGCUGAUGACGAAAGGGUAAGCACUAGUUUGGAUAAAAAUAAUAUUGAGACUGAAGCGAGGGGCCAAUUCAGUAAUAAUGAAAAUAAUCUAUCUAAUUCUCUAGGUAGCUUAAUACCAGUUUCAGAUGACAUUGAAUUAUCAUUUAAAGAUCCAGCCAAUCUCUAUUUUAUCGGUAACGGAAUCAAAUUGCCGUUGAAAAUGGUAAAAACUCCUAACGGAUCCAUUCAGUUUUCAGUGGAUCUCGAUAAACUCUGUUCAUGUAAUAAUAUAACCUGUCCUAAAGACCCCAAGGAUCGUUCUGAACUAGAACAAACUGUUGGAAAUAUUUUGGAACAGGAAGCUGAACAGUUAGAUGACUUAAACGAUAUAUCAGUUGGCAUGUCAAAACCAGAAAUUAUUGUAGAAGACAGUAAAUUGAGUAGCAAUAAUUUACAAGGUAUUCAAAAUAAAGUAGCAACCAAUUAUGAAGAUAUGCAACGAAAUAAAAGGUGGUUUAACCGACAUAAACGAUCUGUAGAUACAUUUUCACUUGAUGAAAAAAAACUUAAAAAAAAUAAAUCUCCGUUGCCAGAAGUUGUGGGUGAAUCGCUUAAUCACUUUGUAGGUAGUCAAGUAAAUAAUUUGGCUAAUUUGUUUACAUCUAGUCAGCAGGAACUAAACGAGAAAAGUGGAAUUCAAAGUUUUAUUAAAGAUUUUUUAAAGAAAGGUGUGAAUGAUGUCACAACUAAAUUAUCAAACAAGAAGAGUAAAGAUAAUUAUUCAUUACACAAAAAUAUUUUUGUUGUCAAUCCUUCCACUCAAAAGGAUUCCGGAAAAAUUGUCAUACCUAUUGACAGAAUUUACAAAUUUAAAGGUGUAGAAGACCAAAUAGGUAGUAAUAUAGAGAAAAUAGAAAAAACUUUAAAUAAUUACGCAGAAAUUGAUAACACUAUUUUGGAGAAUGAAUCAGCUAUAUUAAAGAGGAUAAACGAAGAUCCUAUUAUCCAAAAGGAAGUAGAUUUAGUAAAAAACAUAUUGACCUUUUUAAAGAAUUUAACGGUGGAUAAUUAAUUUUAUUUAAAUUUUAUAUUUUUUAAAAUUUAUAUGUACCCCAGAGCAAUUUUAGAAUAAAUUCAUU